AUGGAUUGUGAUAGGGGGCGUUCGGGGUCUAUUAAUUGUCCACCCUAUUUUGAUGGGGAAGAUUUCGCUCAAUGGAAAACCAUGAUGCAAGCGUUCUUGCAUGCACAGGAUGAGCACAUCUGGAAUAUUGUUGAAACCGGGUGGGAACUUCCCAUAACGAAAACUAAGCUAGAUGCUACUGAGAGUUCUGCCACUAUAACAGAACUCAAGCCAAGGGAUGAGUGGUCAACAAGUGAGGUGCAUGACUAUAACAAUGAUGUUAAAGCACGACACAGCUUCUAUACAGCUCUUUUUAAGAAAGAAGGGAAGCGUAUUGGGACUUGCAAGACUGCAAAGAAGACAUGGGAUCUUCUCCAAAUGACUUAUGAGGGUGAUCCUAUUGCUGAACAUAGAAUUGUGAAGAAGUUUCUUAGAUCCUUGCCAGCAAGUUUUAUGUCCAAACAAACUGCCAUUGAAGGAGUUCAAGACUUAGAAACUUAUUCUUUAGAUGAACUUCUUGGAAAUCUUCAAACCUUUGAAAUGAAGAUUAAGCCAGUUAAAAACAAAAAAGAAAAUGACUUCGAGUUUACUUCUAAGGACUUUGCUCUUCUUUCUAAACAAUACAAAAAGUUUCUUAGGGUUGGACAUUCCUUUCAAGAAGUCAAGAAUUCAUUAGGAUCAAGUUCUAGAAAAAAUUCUUUUAGUGAAAAUCCUAAAUGUUUAGAGUGUCAAGGUUUUGGGCACCUUGCUAUUGAUUGUGGGAAUAUGAAGUAUAAAGCUCGCACAAGUAAGGCCAUGAAAUCUACUUGGAGUGAUUCUGAGAAUGAGGAACAAAACUUUGCUUUGACUGCUACUCUUCAUUCUACUUCCUCAAGUGAUUCUGACGAUGAUGAGCAUAAUAAUGAAGAGAUGGCUGAUAAGUACGAGGAAAUGGGCAGAACUUCAUCUAAAAUGAUCAAAAUUAAUGAAGAACUCAACAAAAAAUUGAUUCUAGCAGAAAAAGAAAGAAAUGGGAUUGCUGAGCAUCUGCAAUCCCAUGCAGAAAAUUGGGAGAUUGAGAAAGCUGCUUAUGUUGACCAUAUCAAGACUUUACAAGAAAGCUUGGAUGCUCAAGUUAGUCUUGUGAACUCCCUGUCGUCUGAAAAACUGAGUGUAGAGCAUUCCUUGAAAGAGUCACAAGAAAUGUUCUCAAAAUUUUCUAUAGGUUCUGAAAAAGUUUCAAAAAUGAUUGGGAUAGAAAAAACUGAAGGGGACAAAAAGGGGUUGGGAAACUCCUCUUGUAUAGCUUCCGAAAAGUCCAAGCCUAUUAGGUUUGUGAAGGAAACCAUGGUUCCCAAGACUGAAAACUCUUCAAACUUGAGAAGAUUCAUUCUUGUAUGUCAUCAUUGUGGUACACCUGGUCAUAUCAGACCCAAGUGUAACAAGUUUAGGAAAAAUUUUCAAAAAGUGAGGCCUCCCCAAAGAAGCAUGCACAAUCAGUUCUUUGAAGCAAAAUUGAGAGAGCACUUGAGAGAAGUUAAUAGGAUUGCAAAUUUGGGUAAGGAAGGAUGA